AUGUGGCGCCUGGUGUACCUCCUUCUGCUUUUUGUUCGCGUUUACUUUGCUCUACGUCCGAGCUACCUCCACCCUGACGAGAUCUUUCAGGGUCCGGAACCUAUUGCUGGCUACCUGUUCCCGUAUCCCAGCCAUAAGACAUGGGAGUGGGAUUCAGACCGCCCCAUCCGCAGUGUUUUCCCACUAUGGCCGGUCUACGGCUUGCCCAUGGCAUUGCUGAAAUGGAUUUGGGCUCAGGAGGAAGACGGCUUGGUCAGCCCGAACAUCAUAUACUACACACUGCGCUUGGUCAUGUUUGUGCUCAGUUUUGUGCUAGAAGAUUGGGCCGUUCACGAUUUGGUCCGGUCCCCGCGGCACCGUCCAGAAGCAGUUCUUCUCGUGUGCUCUUCGUACGUGACAUGGACAUUUCAGACCCAUACCUUUUCCAACUCCAUCGAGACGCUGCUGGUCCUGUGGAGCCUGGUGGUUAUCGAGAGGAUCGUGGGUGAAAACAAACGAUCAGCAAUUGCUUCCUGCGUCGUGCUGGGCUUUCUUGUCGUCUUCGGCACCUUCAACCGAAUUACGUUUCCAACUUUCAUCGUGAUACCCGGCAUUCAAAUGUUGCCACAUUUUCUGAAUAGACCUUUUUGUCUUUUUGCCCUUAUUCUUUCUGGCGCCUUCUGGACUCUGGCAGCCGUGGCCAUCGACACUGCAUACUAUUCCGACGCUGCAUCGACCAGAUCCUUUCGAGCUUUGUACGACCACGUCCGUCAUGCUCCUGUAAUAACACCUCUUAAUAAUGUCUUGUACAAUACUCGGACUAGCAAUCUGGCUCAGCACGGCUUACACCCACAUUACCAACAUCUUUUGGUCAAUCUGCCACAGCUGCUUGGGCCAGCCCUUAUUCUUCUGAUUGUAUCCGCCUACCCCUUCAAUCUACGGAUCCUCAAAACAAUGCUCAGCAAUGUACGCCUCGCGUCUGCGACAGCUGGAACUCUUCUCCUCAGCCAAGUCCCACACCAAGAACCACGCUUUCUCUUACCGGCGAUUCCGCUAUUGCUCACAUGUGUCCGCAUACCUUCCAGCGCUCUCUGGAGGCGGAUCUUUUGGACGACGUGGAUACUCUUCAAUUCUUCCCUCGCAAUACUGAUGGGGAUCUACCACCAAGGUGGAAUCGUCCCUACUCAACUCUCUAUACCAUCUCUUCUCACCCAGUCCAUCGUGAAUACGCAUUCCGAUGCACACAACAUUGAAGUGUUUUGGUGGAAGACUUACCCUCCACCAAAUUUUCUCCUGGGCACCGAACCACGUCAUCCUUACACAAACAAUAGUCUCAACAUCUCCACUGUUCCGAUGAUGGGUUUCCCUCAAUCCGAGCUCGUCUUCUUGUUGAUGCAACACAUGCCGACCUGCAACCCUUCUCUUAUUGAGCGAUUGACGAUUCAUAAGGAAAAAACAGACGUUUUUGUGGUUGCUCCCCUAUCCGCCUGGCGUUUGGAGAACACAACACCGUCUGUGUCCAAUUUUAGUUUUUCAAUUGCCUUUAAUAUGCCACCCGCAGAGCUGGUGAUGACGAACAUCUUCACACACCGCCAGCACAUCAAUCUUGACGACAUGGAUUUUGGCGAUGAUGGACUUGUUCCCACUUUGAGUCGAGUUGUCGGCAGCCGAGGAUUGGGGGUGUGGAAGGUCGACAGGAUAUGUGGCCCGGUUGAAUACAUUGAUAAACAUACCGGUGAGGUUGUUUCGGGGUGGCCUGUGGGUCCAGAAGGAGUGGAUGUUCAACGAGGACAACAGAAGGGUGUCGCAGCGGUAGGGGAUCCGCAGGAGAUUGCAAGGUCUAACGAGAAAAGUGAUUAG